AUGCGUGAGAUCGUCCACCUCCAAACCGGCCAGUGUGGCAACCAAAUAGGUGCUGCAUUCUGGCAGACCAUCUCCGGCGAACAUGGCCUCGACGGCUCCGGCGUGUACAAUGGCACGUCUGAUCUCCAGCUCGAGCGCAUGAACGUUUACUUCAACGAGGCAUCCGGCAACAAGUAUGUCCCACGUGCCGUCCUCGUCGACUUGGAGCCAGGUACCAUGGACGCCGUCCGUGCUGGUCCAUUCGGUCAGCUCUUCCGCCCAGACAACUUCGUCUUCGGCCAAUCCGGUGCCGGGAACAACUGGGCAAAGGGUCACUACACCGAGGGUGCCGAGCUUGUCGACCAGGUCCUCGAUGUCGUCCGCCGUGAAGCUGAGGGCUGCGACUGCCUCCAGGGUUUCCAGAUUACCCACUCCCUCGGUGGUGGUACCGGUGCCGGUAUGGGUACGCUCUUGAUCUCCAAGAUCCGUGAGGAGUUCCCAGACCGCAUGAUGGCCACCUUCUCCGUCAUGCCAUCACCAAAGGUCUCCGACACCGUCGUCGAGCCAUACAACGCGACCCUCUCCGUCCACCAGCUUGUCGAGAACUCGGACGAGACCUUCUGUAUCGACAACGAGGCGCUGUACGACAUUUGCAUGCGCACUCUCAAGCUCAACAACCCAUCAUACGGCGACUUGAACCACCUUGUCUCCGCCGUCAUGUCUGGUGUGACCACCUGCUUGCGUUUCCCAGGUCAGCUCAACAGCGAUCUCCGCAAGUUGGCUGUCAACAUGGUGCCAUUCCCACGUCUCCACUUCUUCAUGGUCGGGUUCGCACCACUCACCAGCCGCGGCGCUCACUCCUUCCGCGCCGUCACCGUUCCAGAGCUCACCCAGCAAAUCUUCGACCCCAAGAACAUGAUGGCCGCCAGCGACUUCCGCAACGGCCGUUACCUCACUUGCUCGGCUAUCUACCGAGGAAAGGUUUCUAUGAAGGAGGUUGAAGACCAGAUCCGCAACGUGCAGAACAAGAACACCGCCUACUUCGUCGAGUGGAUUCCAAACAACGUCCAGACCGCCCUUUGCUCGAUCCCACCACGCGGCCUCAAGAUGUCGUCCACCUUCGUCGGCAACAGCACUUCCAUCCAGGAGCUCUUCAAGCGUGUCGGUGACCAGUUCACUGCCAUGUUCAGGCGCAAGGCUUUCUUGCAUUGGUACACUGGUGAGGGUAUGGACGAGAUGGAGUUCACUGAGGCUGAGUCCAACAUGAACGAUCUUGUUUCCGAGUACCAGCAGUACCAGGAGGCAUCCGUCUCUGAGGGUGAGGAGGAGUACGAUGAGGAGGCUCCCCUUGAGGGCGAGGAGUAG